CCAGGUGACCGAGUGGGCAAAGGGAGCCAACGCCUACUCCCUGCAAAACGAAGUGGACGCAGCUGAGGCCUCGUGCUCUUGGGAACUGAAGUACUUCAGUGGCCUGGCGCCUCUGGCAGCGGAUGCACACGCCUGGGCUGGGGAAUGAGCAAGCCCACUGUGGAGGCCUGGUGUUUCCUGCUAGGUGUUUGGGGUAUUAUCUGGAGGGCCUAGGCGAGCAGCGAAGCCGUUGAAAUGUUUUAAGCAAGGGGGCGUCCUGCCUCUGAGCACAGUGAGGAGAGGGCAAGGCUCGCAGGGAAGUGGCUGGACCCUCCUAUCCAAGGGCCAGGCCGCGGCUCUGGGAUGUUGGAAGGAGAGGGGCUUAUGCCCAGGGUGGAUCCUGAGUUGCCGUUUGGGGUGGGAGGAUAGUAUGGGAGCUGGAUGCUGGUCUGAUUCAGAUGUGAGGCCCUGUGUGGUAAGCACCCCUCCGCCCCCGGAAGCCUUACGCUGGGGGCUUUGCAUCCUUGUGCCGCUACUGUACCCAUAAGGCUCGGAGACUGAAGCCCGGAACUCCUGCACACAUCUUUGCAGGGGCUGGGACGGGGUUACCAGCGUCUGACAGGAAGCGGUUCUGAACCAGACUGCAAAGAAGAGUAAAUGGGAAGGACACGGUCUUUUCUGUUCCCUGGAUACUCAUUUGAAGACCUUUGUAAUGAUCUAGGCAAGGUUUCUGGAAGAACCUGACGGCUUGAAAGGAAGCGACAAAACAUGAAAAUCGCUUUGAGGUGACCAACAAGUCCAGCGGCCCCUUGCUUCUCCCAAGGUGGAUCUGAGGUUUAAGAACCGUAACUUCAGAUGAGGAAACUCAGGCCCAGAGAGAGGGAGUGACAGCCCCCGUCACGUUGCCUGGAGCUCAGACCCCAACGGUUGGCAGUGCACGGCCCCCUUCACCUGGGUUUGGAGUUGGAGCCUCUUGCAAGACCUCCAAUGGCCGACCAGAGAAUGGACAUUUCUUCAACAAUCAGUGACUUCAUGUCCCCAGGUGCCACCGACCUCCUCUCCAGCCCUCUGGGCCCCGGUGGUGUGGAUUGCAACCGGAAACGCAAGGGCAGCUCCACAGACUACCAAGAAAGCAUGGACACAGACAAAGAUGACCCUCAUGGAAGGUUAGAAUACACAGAGCACCAAGGAAGAAUAAAAAAUGCAAGGGAAGCUCACAGUCAGAUUGAAAAGAGGCGUCGGGAUAAAAUGAACAGUUUUAUUGAUGAACUGGCUUCUUUGGUACCAACGUGCAACGCGAUGUCUAGGAAAUUAGAUAAACUUACUGUGCUGAGGAUGGCUGUUCAGCACAUGAAAACGUUACGAGGUGCCACCAAUCCAUAUACAGAGGCAAACUACAAGCCAACUUUUCUGUCAGAUGAUGAAUUGAAACACCUUAUUCUCAGGGCAGCAGAUGGAUUUUUGUUUGUCGUAGGAUGUGACCGAGGGAAGAUCCUCUUUGUGUCAGAGUCUGUCUUCAAGAUCCUCAACUACAGCCAGAAUGAUCUGAUUGGUCAGAGUUUAUUUGACUACCUGCAUCCUAAAGAUAUCGCCAAAGUCAAGGAGCAGCUCUCGUCCUCCGACACGGCACCCCGGGAGCGGCUCAUAGAUGCAAAAACUGGACUUCCAGUUAAAACAGAUAUAACCCCUGGGCCAUCUCGAUUAUGUUCUGGAGCACGGCGUUCUUUCUUCUGUAGGAUGAAGUGUAACAGGCCUUCAGUAAAAGUGGAAGACAAGGAUUUCCCCUCUACCUGCUCCAAGAAAAAAGCAGAUCGAAAAAGUUUCUGCACAAUCCACAGCACAGGCUAUUUGAAAAGCUGGCCGCCCACAAAGAUGGGGCUGGAUGAAGACAAUGAACCAGACAACGAGGGGUGUAAUCUUAGCUGCCUUGUCGCCAUUGGACGGCUGCACUCUCACAUGGUUCCACAACCGGCAAACGGGGAAAUCAGGGUGAAGUCAAUGGAAUAUGUCUCCCGGCACGCGAUAGAUGGGAAGUUUGUUUUUGUAGACCAGAGGGCAACAGCUAUUUUGGCAUAUUUACCACAAGAACUUCUAGGCACGUCGUGUUAUGAGUAUUUCCACCAAGACGACAUAGGACAUCUCGCAGAAUGUCAUAGGCAAGUUUUACAGACAAGAGAAAAGAUUACCACUAAUUGCUACAAGUUUAAAAUCAAAGAUGGUUCUUUCAUCACACUACGGAGUCGGUGGUUCAGUUUCAUGAACCCUUGGACCAAGGAAGUGGAAUACAUUGUCUCCACGAACACCGUUGUUUUAGCCAACGUCCUGGAAGGCGGGGACCCCAGCUUCCCGCAGCUCACAGCGUCCCCCCACAGCAUGGACAGCAUGCUGCCCUCUGGAGAAGGUGGCCCGAAGAGGACCCACCCCACUGUUCCAGGGAUUCCAGGGGGAACCAGGGCUGGGGCAGGAAAAAUAGGUCGAAUGAUUGCUGAGGAAAUCAUGGAAAUCCACAGGAUAAGAGGGUCAUCGCCUUCCAGCUGUGGCUCCAGCCCAUUGAACAUCACAAGUACACCUCCCCCUGAUGCCUCUUCUCCAGGAGGCAAGAAGAUUUUAAAUGGAGGGACUCCAGACAUUCCUUCCAGUGGCCUACUACCAGGGCAGGCUCAGGAGAACCCAGGUUAUCCAUAUUCUGAUAGCUCUUCUAUUCUUGGUGAAAACCCUCACAUAGGCAUAGACAUGAUAGACAACGAUCAAGGCUCAAGUAGUCCCAGUAAUGAUGAAGCAGCAAUGGCUGUCAUCAUGAGCCUCUUGGAAGCAGAUGCUGGGCUUGGUGGCCCUGUUGACUUUAGCGACUUGCCAUGGCCGCUGUAAACACUAUAUGUUGCUUUGGCGACAGCUACAGUAUCAAAGUGCAUUACUGAUGGAGUUAUACAGUCUGUGAAGCUUACUGGAUAAGGAGAGAACAGCUUUUAUGUACUGUCUUCAUAAAAGCCAUCUCAGAGCCAUUGAUACAAGUCAAUAUUAACUAUGUGUAACUUCAGAAAAAGUGGAACUAAAGCCUGCUCCAGUGUUUCCUCAUCAUUGAUUAUUGGGCUAGCUGUGGAUAGCUUGCAUUAAUUGUAUAUUUUGGAUUCUGUUUGUGUUGAAUUUUUUAAUCAUUGUGCACAGAAGCAUCAUUGGUAGCUUUUAUAUGCAAAUGGUCAUUUCAGAUGUAUGGUGUUUUUACACUACAAAGAAGUUCCCCAUGUGGAUAUUUCUUAUACUAAUUGUAUCAUAAAACCGUUUAUUCUUCCUUGUAAGAAUCCUUUACUAUAAAUAUGGGUUAAAGUAUAAUGUAUUAGUUAAAUAUUUUUAAUAAAUGUUUCCCUUGUUCUAUAAA